GUUACUUUCUUUGUCCCUUUCUGCGUUUCUUCUUUUUGGUCGUGUGAUGAGAGGUCAAUCAUAAAUGGGGGUAGCCCGGGUUAGUUAAGUACUCGUAUUCAAGAACAGAAAAAAGGAGGGGAUAAGGGAAAAACGAGAAAGAUCAGAAACUGUAAGUGAGAAAAAUGGAGGUUCGAGGAAGAAGAAGCAGAGACAUGAGUCCUGAAAGGGUGAAGAUAUGCACACAGUCCAGGUUGAUAAGACCUGCUUUCAAAAAAGUUCAAGUUGUUUAUUACCUCACCAGAAAUGGCCAGCUUGAGCAUCCUCAUUAUUUGGAAGUUACUCAUCUUGCUAAUCAACAACUUCGCCUGAAAGAUGUCAUUGAUCGGCUCACAGUUCUUAGAGGCAAAGCCAUGCCCUCGUUGUAUUCUUGGUCUUGCAAAAGGAGCUACAAAAAUGGUUAUGUGUGGAAUGACUUGGCGGAGAAUGAUAUCAUCUAUCCAUCAGAAGGAGCAGAAUAUGUACUCAAAGGGUCCGAAAUAGUCAGUGAUGGUUGCACAGAAAAAUUUCAACAACUUCGAGUUGGCAGUAGCACACAACAGAAUCAGCAACUUCCUCUUGGGAACGUGCAACAAAGGCCGGGAGUUGUAGAAAUCACGAACUGCCAUCCAAAACGCAGAUCACUAGGCCAUGUUCAUCAUCACAACAAUGAAUACGAGGAUAAUGAUCAAAAUGAAGCUGGUCAAGUAGAAGAAGAAGAGUUGGAUCAUGAAGAAGAAUAUGAAGAAAAGAUUAGCUGCUAUACCACCUCAACUACACCUCAGUAUUCUCGAUGCUCCCGCGGCGUCUCCACCGACGAAAUUCACCACCGACAUCAACGACCACAAAAACAAGAACAAAAGAAGCAAAAGCAAGAAUCUCAAGAAACUAUGAAAAACCCUAGGUCUGAAUUCAUUUUAGAAAAUGAAUCUCCACCGUCGACGACGUCGUCGAGUCUUUCGGACAAAGCCAUGAACGAGACCAGCAACACGUCCAAGAGGUUCGAGGACGGCGAUCCGGUUGGAAAUGAGCCGUUACUGAGCCGGAACUCCAUGCUUUUUCAGCUCAUUGCAUGCGGGGGGUCGCUCUCUUUUAGGGGCACUACUAAUGGCAAAAAUGUGCCUGAUUUGAAGCAGCAGCAACAACCACCACCGGCGACAACUACUACGGCGGCGACCCCUGCUGGGGCUAGGAGGAGUAACUGUAGUGAUCUGCAUAAAGGGGUGUUGUGCAAAAGUGCUGCGGCGGGGUAUAAGGCGGCGGCGGCUAUGGAGGAGGAGGAUGAGAUAAAGUACAUGUCUGAGAAUCCGAGGUUUGGGAAUUUGCAGGCUGAGGAGAAAGAGUAUUUCAGUGGGAGCAUUGUUGAAUCAAUGGCUACCGAUGACAGGGCUCAGGUUGAACCCUCAAGCUUGAAGAAAUCAUCUUCCUAUAAUGAGGAAAGGAGCUCGAAAUUAGCUAUAGAGGAUGCAGAAGCAACCGAGGAAGAGAGAGGAGAGAAAGCUUUGAAAGGGAAAUGCAUCCCAAGAAAAAGGUCUUCUUCUAAACAGGCCAAGAAAUGACCAUUCAGCAGAAGAGUAGUUGUGGGAAAUCAAUAAUAAUGAUGAUCUUAGCUGCUGAUGAUAAGAGGGGGGAUGGUAAAAAGUUGAAAAAAGUGAGAAAUCAAUUAGGAUGUUGUCAAGAUAAUUGGUCAUUCUGUCUAGUGCUUUAGCUACUGAAAUCAUAUGGGCUCCUUUGUCUUUGUUGAGUGAUUUAACAAGUAAAUUGAAACCUUUCAUGAUUAAUGGUACAAAGUCAAGGGUC